AUGAAAAAAGAAGAGCUGUGUAUGAAAAACGAGAUAGAGAAAGAGUCCAUUGCGCUAUUUAAAAAGAAUUUAUUAAAAGAAAGUUAUAACUGGUUUAAAGACACAGAUUAUUUUGCAAAACUGAAAAAUGAGAAUAGAUAUUCAUAUAUAGAAAAUAAAACAGAGACUAAGAAUAUUGUAACUGGUCGAGUACAACUAGGAUGGGGAGGAACUUUUUUUUUACUUUGUUGUGUUGUAGUGAUAUGCGAUAAUUCAGGAUGGCAAUCUUGUAACCAUUAUAAUAAUAAUAUUUUUUAUUCCCCGGAAUCAUUAACAAUUGUAUAUUCCUUCCUCUAUAUUGUAUAUGCAUUUCCAUUAUUUAUAUUUCAUCAAUGUUUGGGUCUAGUAUCUCAAGGAAAUUAUGUAAAAUCAUGUAGGAUGUUAUCUCCUCAUAUGGGUAUUUUGAGCAUAUUUUCUUUAUUUGGUACUAUAACAUUUUGCGCAAAAGAGAUUUGUAAUUUUUCAAUUGAGUUAUUACAAAAUAUUAUAAGAUUGUCUAAUAGAAGAGAAGAAAGAAAGUUUGGAAUGACAAAAUUAUUUAUCGACUUAACAAAUAGAGAAAAGGACUGUUCAUCUUUACCUAAUACAGUAUAUAUAGAAUCAUUAAAUCAAUGUAUAUCUUUCAAUGAUGAAGUAAUAGUCAACUUUUACGAAAAUUUAUGGUUUAUAAGUAAUAAAGAGAAUUAUAUAUAUUUAAUUUUAAUAUCUACAAUAUUUAUCUUUUUUUGUUAUUUCCUAUUGCUAAAAGAGAAUUUCCGAGUGUUCAAAUUUUUCAUUUUUGUAAUAAUUAUAAAUUGGAUUACAACUAAGUCUGUUGUUAUUAUGAAUGCUUUUUUCUUUUAUAUUCCUCAACAGAAAAAAAUAUACGAAGAAAUUAUACUUAUUUUUAAAGAAGUUGGGUUUGUAAAGCUUACCAUUUUUUUAUAUGGGACUCUAGCAAGAAGCUCUUCCAUUUUUAUCCUAAGUACAUUUGCUUCUUACUUUCAUACGAAUACGAACAUUUUGAAAAUUAGUUUAUAUACCUUCGCCUUUUAUAUAUUAAACAUGUAUUUCUACCUUAAAAAUGAAGCACAUGAAUAUUACUUGUAUAAUUUAAAUUUUACAAAUAUUAAAAAUUUUAAUUUUAUGAAAUGUAAUACUUAUGCAAAUAUGUUACAUACUUUAAGUGAAGGAACAAAAAGAGGGAAAUAUUUUUUUCCGAAAAAAUAUGGAGAUAUGUAUGCAGUAUGGCAAAAACUAUGCUUGUUUUUUAGCUCCUACUCAUUUCUUUUUUCUACUAUUUUUAUUGUGUUAAUGCAAUUGUUAGGUCCGUUCAAUAUCUUAUAUGAAAAAAAAAGAAAAAAAAAUAGUUGUACCUACAACUCGGACCAAGAAAAAAAAAUAUACUCCUAUAAGUCCCUAGUUAAGAAAUAUGAAAAACUUGACUCAAUGCGCUCAACAGCCAUGUCUAAUGGAAAGUCUGGUCCCUCUUCUUCUUUUUCUUCUAAUAGAAAGAGGAACACAACAACAAAAAAAUAUUCGAACCGCAACAAAGAGAGUAAUCGGGUGAGCAACAACUCUGGGUGGAAAAAAAUAUUCCCCUUAAAUGUAAACUUUUUAAAAAAAAAAAAAAAAAAAAAUUCUGAACAGGUCAAGCAGAUUUACCAACAGCAACAACGGACAUCUUCGUCGCGCAAGACCAUAAGUUUCAAGGGCAUCAAAAAGGACGGAGAAAAGAGAAGGAAGAGAAGGACGCGGAGAAUGAAAGGGGAGGAACAUGGACAAACGCGACGAAAGCGUGAGGAAAAGAGAAGAAGGAAAGAGCAAAAGAGGCAAAAAUAUGAAAAAAAUGAAAGAAGGAAAGAACAUAACGGAAGAAGACAAAGCACGGAAAGCUCGUACUACAUGUCCAGACAGAGUAGCCUAUUCAUAAGUGAAUAUUCAAAAAAUGAUUCCCUGGCUACAAGCCCCAAACGGGCUCAAAUUCGUUCAUAUGACUAUUACUAUGGUGAUAGGGUAAACUUAAAUUCAGAGGAAAGCUUUUUUGAAAAAGACAUGCACACGGUCAGAAAUGAAUUGGACAGUCAUCAAAUGAAAUACAUGAACGGGGGGAAACUUGAGGCUAUUUAUACACAAGCGGACAUUGACAACAACGCGGCCUCUAAUGGAUCUUACUCAGAUUGUUACACUGUGUCCUCCUCUACCGACUUUUCCAAUGAUUCUUCCGCCGCGUCUUCCUCCGCUUCUUCCUCCGCUUCUUCACCAGGGAUGGAGAAACGAGUACAAUCAGACGAGGGUCAGUCAAGAACAAGUACUGAAAAGGUUAGAGGCAAAAACAUGGGGAUGAACAGUUCGGAAUUACUAAAAAAGAAACAGGAGAAUUAUAAUGAAGAAGGGACCAUAUGUUGGGGUCUGGAAAACAAAAAAAAAGGAUCUACAAAUAUUUUUUCAAAUUCUGCUACAAUUUUUACUUCAAAUUUUAUUUCAAAAAUAAAUAACAAUAUGCUUAAAAACUAUGGGACUUUCCUGCUCUUUUUAGUGAUAUAUAUAUUUACGAUAUUACAUAUAGUUGACUUUAAAAGGAACAAUAAUAUUGUAAGUGAAAUAAUUUUAUAUUCCUUGUACAGGAGUUUUUUAAUAUUUAUCAUAUCAGUUCAAAUAAUAUAUUCGUCCUGGUUUUUUGGUUUAAGAAUACAAAUGACACAGUGUGGUAUAAUUUCUUGCAUACUUAACUUUAUUACAUGGAUCAUUAUACUACCUUUAAUGUUUAUAAUAUAUUUAAAAAAAAAAAAUAUUUGGAUUGAUCUAUUAAUCAUUGGGAUUAUAUUAAAUAUAAUUACUAUUCUGACUUCUUAUGUUGAAGUAAUGAAAAAAAUAAAAGAACGGAAAUUGAGAAAUUUAAAUGAUUACAAUAAUUGCAUAUUAACUGAGUAUAACAAAGUUAAUAUUUUAAAAAAAUGCUUAUAUUGGUUAUAUAUUGGCAAUUUAGAAAUUUUAAGAAAAAAUAUGAACAUUGCCAUGUCUGGUAGUGAACAGAAAUAUAUUCCUUUUUUUUGGAAUUUCUUUUUUAAAUAUGUAAACUCAUCAAUGUUAAUUGUUAUUAUAAUCUAUAACACCAAGGAGUAUUUUAUCGACAUGCUUGAUGUUUUCGACAGCACCUUUAGUUUCACCAUCGAGUUGAUCUCCAUACUCAUGAUUUUCCUCGGUUCCUUCGCCCUCCUCCUCAACAACCUCCUCAAGGAUCACUACAAGCCGCAAAAGAUCGUCAUUCCAUCCACUCCGAUGUUCUGCCAUGACAAAAGGAAGUACAUCUUUACGGAUUAG